AUGAAUUAUAAUCAACAGCAGUAUUUGAACGACUACCUCGUGGAUUCAACAGUAUUGUCGGAUCCAAACACAUUUAAACAGAAUAACAUGUCAGGUGGUACUAUUACCACCAAUAAUAAUUCUACCCAGUCCAUUAAUACUACUACUACUAAUAAUAAUCAUGAUACCACCUCUAAUAAUAGUAAUAGUAACAACACUCAGUUGGAGAAUAAUCCAACUAUAAUAAAUGCAUCAUCUUCAAAUAUAAGUCCCACAGAUAACGGUAACACGAACCUUCCAGACCAAAUUGGCAUGGUGUCACAGGAACAGCUAUCUAAUGGUUUACCCAUCUCCAUUAAUACGGCUAAUGCAUCAUAUCCACAGCCAACUAGUAAUACCGCAGGGACAGCUGUCUCUGCUGCUCCUGUUGCAAGAACUAGAACAGGAAUUAUCAAUGGAAAUCAACAAACUACAAAAGUGCCUAUGAACCUUCAAAUGAAUCAAAUGUCAGAUAAUAAUAAUAAUUUAACUACUAUGCCUAAUGGAGUUGGCCGUUCUGGAAGCAUAGGGACUGUUCAAAAUAAUAUUAGCAAUGAUCUUUCUGAUAACGGUAGGUUACCUCCAAAUGGUAUCCCGCAAACCAGUAAUCAAACGUAUGCAAAUGAUGGUAACGGAAUGGAAACAAAUGAUAUGAGUUAUCAAAAUGCAAAUGCGAACAACAGACAAUACUAUUUAAUGAAUAUGGCAAAUAACCCUCAUUUGAUGAAUGAUGCCUCCAUACAAGAAACUUUAUCACCAUAUUUCCAACCGUUUGGUGUAGAUGUCGCACACUUGCCAAUGACAAACCCCCCUAUUUUCCAAAGCUCUUUACCAGUAUACGAUGAACCGGUCCCUAGGAGACGUAUCUCUAUCUCUAAUGGCCAAAUUAGCCAAUUAGGGGAAGAUAUCGAAACAGUGGAAAAUCUGUACAACACGCAACCCCCACCUUUGCCUAAAUACCACGAUCCGAAUCAUACUUACCAAAGUGUAAAUAAACAAAUGGUUUCACAAGGAGCUGCCGCAGCACAACAACCUUCAAACGGAGCUUAUCAUAUUCCUCCUCAACAGUCACAACAGGUUAUGCCUUCGAAUGGGAUUCGUCAAAAGCAAGGCUCUAUAACCGGUAUGACGUACGUUAAUGGUGGCAUGGCACCAAAUGAACCAGGUAUGCGUCCUUCAUAUCAGGAAAGGCUCUCACAACAACAACAACAACAACCAGUAUUACAACCUUCCAUACGAAAAUCAUUAAAUCAACAAAUGAAUCCCGUAUAUGUACAACAGAUGAAUUAUAGGACGGAUACUAAUGUGAAUCCACAGCUAAAGCAACAACUUCAAGAAAAUGCUAUACCGUCAACAGCUCCAGGGCAUUUGGAACAUCGUAACUCUCUACCCCAAUCGGAAUUAAAGUUUCCUGAUCCAAGGGUUAAACAGGAAUAUCUAGAUGGUAGUGAAAGCUCAUCGAUUCCUCCGCAACAGGAACUCCCUAAAUAUAAUUCCUACGGUGUAUAUGAAAGAUCAGGAGAAGCAACCCCUGGUACUACUGCGUGGAAAAGAGCAAGAUUAUUGGAAAGAAAUAGGAUUGCCGCUUCCAAAUGUAGACAACGUAAGAAAGUUGCUCAAUUACAGUUACAAAUUGAUUACGACAAAAUUAGCAAAGAAAAUGUGAUUUUGAGAAAAAAAUUAGUCUAUUACGAAAAACUAAUAUCUAAGUUUAAGAAAUUCACUGAAUCGCAUUUUAACACAUGUCACAAGACUAGUAGCAGUGUUAAUGAUGAUGACAAAAAUGCAUUAAAGAUCAUACAAGAGAUGUUAAUGAUAGAUGAAGAUAUUCAUGAGGUAAAUGACAAUGGGAAGAUAAUAAAAUUGAGUGUGAAGGACCUGUCACCUUCAGUUCCAAUUACCCCAAGUCAGUUAGGUGAUUCGGACAUUAUAUCUGAUGGAGAAAUCGAUUAA